CUGCCGAGCUGGUGGCGGGAAGGGCUGCAGAGCCGCCCCUGAGGGCUGGUGGCUCCGUGGAGCUCCGGAGGACCCACGAGGAGUGGGCCUCAUCGUUUUGUCUUGACUGUCUCUAUCUUCCUUCUCUGCUGGCUGGUCCUCCGGUGUAUGGACUUGUACAUGAUGAACUGUGAACUUCUAGCCACUUGUAGUGCCCUUGGGUACUUGGAAGGAGACACUUACCACAAGGAACCAGAUUGUUUAGAGAGUGUGAAGGAUUUGAUCCGCUACUUGAGGCACGAGGAUGAGACUCGGGAUGUGCGGCAGCAGCUGGGGGCAGCCCAGAUCCUGCAGAGUGACCUUCUGCCCAUCCUUACCCAGCACCGGCAGGACAAGCCUCUCUUUGAUGCUGUCAUCAGACUGAUGGUGAAUCUGACCCAACCAGCCUUGCUGUGUUUUGGCAAUGUACCUAAGGAACCCAGCAUGCGGCACCACUUUCUACAGGUGCUCACUUACCUGCAGGCCUACAAGGAGGCCUUCGCCAGUGAGAAGACUUUUGGGGUCCUCAGUGAAACCUUGUAUGAGCUGCUGCAGCUGGGCUGGGAAGAACGGCAGGAGGAAGACAACCUGCUGAUUGAGCGGAUCCUGCUGCUGGUCAGAAACAUUCUCCAUGUUCCAGCCGACCUGGACCAGGAGAAGAGCAUCGAUGAUGACGCCAGUGUCCACGACCAGCUUCUCUGGGCAGUUCACCUCAGUGGCCUGGAUGACCUACUCCUCUUCCUGGCCAGCUCUCCUAAUGAGCAGCAGUGGAGCCUACAUGUGCUAGAAAUUAUCUCUCUUAUGUUUCGUGACCAGACCCCUGAGCAGCUGGCAAGAGUAGGGCAGGGGCGCUUAGCUCAGGAGCGGAAUGCGGAUGUGGCAGAACUGGAGCUGCUGCGCCAGCGAGAAAUGGCAGAGAAGAAGGCGCGAGCCCUCCAGCGAGGCAACAGGCAUUCUCAAUUUGGGGGCUCCUACAUUGUCCAGGGGUUGAAAUCCAUAGGGGAAAGGGAUCUCAUCUUUCACAAAGGCCUUCACAAUCUCCAAAACUACAGUUCAGAUCUUGGCAAGCAGCCCCGCAGGGUGCCCAAGCGCCGCCAGGCUGCCCAGGAGCUGUGCACACAGCGCCGCUCAGCCCUCAAUGUGAGGCUUUUCCUCAGAGAUUUCUGCUCUGAGUUCCUGGAGAACUGUUACAACCGGCUCAUGGGUGCAGUGAAGGAUCAUCUGCUUCGUGAGAAAGCUCAGCAACAUGAUGAGACCUACUAUAUGUGGGCCUUGGCUUUCUUCAUGGCUUUCAAUCGAGCUGCCUCCUUCCGGCCGGCCUUGGUUUCUGAGACGCUCAGUGUCCGCUCCUUCCACUUCAUUGAGAAGAACCUCACCAACUACUAUGAGAUGAUGCUGACAGAUCGCAAGGAAGCCAGAUCCUGGGCAUGCCGGAUGCACCUAGCUCUGAAGGCCUAUCAGGAGCUACUGGCUACAGUGAACGAGAUGGACCUGUCCCCAGAUGAGGCUGUGCGGGAGAGCAGCCGCAUCAUCAAAAACAACAUUUUCUAUAUGAUGGAGUACCGAGAACUCUUCUUGACACUCUUCCGGAAGUUUGACGAGAGAUGCCAGCCUCGCUCUUUCCUCCGUGACCUGGUGGAAACAACCCACCUCUUCCUCAAGAUGCUGGAGCGAUUCUGUCGGAGCCGUGGGAACCUGAUGGUCCAGAACAAACGAAAGAAGAGGAAGAAGAAGAAGGUUCUCGAUCAGACUGUAGUUUCUGGUAAUGUGCCAUACAGUGCAGAGGAGCUGGAGGCUUUGUGGCCAGGGCUGGCUGAACAGCUGCAGUGCUGUGCCCAGGAUCCUGAGCUCAGUGUAGACUCCAUGGUUCCAUUUGAUGCUGCCUCAGAGGUCCCAGUAGAAGAACAGCGGGUAGAAGCCAUGGUGAGGAUCCAAGACUGUCUUCUGGCUGGCCAGGCUCCGCAGGCUCUGACUCUCCUGAGAUCCGCCCGGGAGGUAUGGCCAGAAGGAGAUGUGUUUGGCUUUCCAGACAUUUCCCCUGAGGAAGAGAUAGAGUUGCUGAAGCAGAUCCUGUCUGCUCCGCUUCCUCGGCAGCAGCAGGGCACAGAGGAAGGUGGUAUAGAAGAAGAGGAGGAAGAGGAAGAGGAGGAAGAGAAAGAAGAGGAGUUGCAAGUUGUGCAGGUGUCAGAAAAAGAGUUUAACUUUCUGGACUACCUGAAACGCUUUGCAUGUUCACACGUUGUGCGAGCCUACGUGCUGCUGCUGCAGAGUUACCGGCAGAACAGUGCCCACACCAACCACUGUGUUGUCAAGAUGCUGCACCGGCUGGCGCACGACCUCAAAAUGGAAGCCCUGCUUUUCCAGCUCUCCGUCUUCUUCCUUUUCAAUCGUCUGCUUAGUGACCCUGCUGCUGGAGCCUACAAAGAGCUGGUGACUUUCGCCAAAUACAUCCUGGCCAAGUUCUUUGCAUUGGCCAUGGUCAACGAAAAAGCCUUUGUGGAACUGCUGUUCUGGAAGAACACAGCCGUGGUUCGAGAGAUGACUGAGGGCUACACUCUGGAUGGCGGGUCUUCCAGUUGUAGAGCUGCUGCGUGGAGCCUGGAGGAGGAGGCCCAGCUUCGGGAACUGUACCUCACCCAUAAAGAUGUAGAAGGUCAAGAUGUGGUAGAAGCCAUCCUGCCCCAUCUUAAUGCUGCUCGGACACGCAAGCAGGUCAUCCACCGCCUGGUGCGGCUGGGACUGGCCAAUAGUGUCAAGGACUUCCAAAGUAGGAAAGGGACUAACAUCGUAUUGUGGACAGAAGACCAGGAGCUGGAGCUGCAGCGGCUUUUUGAGGAGUUCCAGGACUCUGAUGAUAUCCUUGGUCAUAUCAUGAAGAACGUAACAGCCAAACGCUCAAGGGCUCGAAUUGUGGAUAAACUUCUGGCCCUGGGGCUGGUGGCUGAGCGGCGGGAGCUGUACAAGAAAAGGAAGAAGAAGUUGGCACCCUCCAGCACACCGGGUGCAGAAGGGUCUCUGCAAGACUUUGGGCAAGAUCCAGAAGAAGAAGAAAACUUGCCAGAGGAAGAGAGUGAAGAGGAGGAUGAAAUAGAGGAGUUCUUGGAAGCAGAACAAGCCCAUGGUAACUCAGUCCUCUCAGCUGAGUACCUUGGUCAAGGCCUGCAUCAGGAAGGCUUUUCUGCCCCGCUGCUGUGGCUCCAAAACUGCCUGAUUCGAGCAGCAGAUGACCGGGAGGAGGAUGGCUGCUCCCAGCCAGUGCCGCUGGUGCCACUGACAGAAGAAACUGAGGAAGCCAUGGAAAAUGAACAGUUUCAGCAGCUGUUGCGCAAGCUAGGGAUUCGGCCUCCUGCCUCUGUGCAGGAAACCUUCUGGCGCAUCCCAGCCAAGUUGAGCCCCACCCAGCUCCGCAGAGUGGCAGCUUCUUUGAGUUGGUCAAAGGAGCAAGAAGAAGAGGAGAAGCUACAGCCCGAGUUAGAGCUAGGCAGCCCUGCGGAGCAAGGCCUCAGCGAGGAAGACCAGCGAGAGAACCGGGCAGAAGCCCUCAAGGCCCUGUCAUUAGCUCGGGAAAAAAAAGCGGGAUUGGUAUCACUGGAGGAAAAAGCUGCUGAUGAGAAAGAGCAGCCGAAGGUGGUGCCUAAGAAGCGACAGCUGCUGGACAGUGAUGAGGAGGAAGGAGAUGAGGGCAGAAGCAAAAGCACGCCAGAACUAGGAGCUCCAGUGAUCCAAAAAAAGAAGCGAUAUCAGAUUGAGGAUGAGGAUGAGGAAGACUGAAGAGCCAGGGGCAAGUCAGAGUUGAGAGGACCCAGAAUCUAUUCUUUUUUUUUUUUUUUUUGGCGGAACUGGAGAUUGAACUCAGACCCUUGCGCUUGCCAGAGAAGCGCUUAUUCUACUGAGCCAUCUCCCUGGCCCCAGAAUCUAUUCUUAGUGGAUGCAAACCUGGGCUCCUGAGCUCUUCCGUAGAUCUAGGGCCUGGGAAUUUUUAGUCACCAGUGUUGGAGAGACCGUUUUACAAUCAGUCCUAGUUUUUCCCAGUUUUGGGCGGGAACUGGGGAUUGAACUCAGGCCCUUGUGCAUGCCAGGCAAGCACUUAUUCAGCUGACCUAUCUCCCUGGCCCUCUCCUAGUUUUGUUUUGUAUUCAUAAUGCUGGAAUCAGACACAAGCCCUGCCACAUGCUAGAUCAGUGCUCUACCGUGGAGGUACAUCCCCAGGCCCUCUUCCCCCAUUUUAUCAUUAUGCCCAUCCAGAAGCUCUCUGCAAACUGGCUCCUGGCUUCCAUUCUAGGAUACCUUUUUUUUUUUUUUUCUUUGUUUCUUUCCUUCUUUUUGGUUACUACAGACUCUUAGCAAAUGAGAAGAAAACACAGAAGCCACCCUGGACCCCUUCUUUGCUCCAUUGGUUGGUUGCUUAGUUGGUUAGUUUUGUGCUGCUAAGGACUGAACCCAGGGCAUCUUACAGGCCAGACAAGCCCUGUACCACUCAGCUGCACCCCAGCUGUCUCCACUGCUCUGUUCUUUUUGGCUUUCUGCUAGAGGUGGACCCAGCACCAGAUGGGGGGGCUCUACCAUGAUGCAUUAGGGGGUUGCACUUUUUAGGAGGCACUUCACCCUCCUUUUUCCCGUGAUCGCCUCCUAGUCACCAGAUUGAGUCUAGUUACUGUAAUUGAGGUGGAGCUAAGAUGAAAUAUGUGUCACACGAUGAAUGUAUUUGAUGUGUUUGGCAUUAAAUUAAACAUGUAAAAUUAACAGUUGCAGAUCUCAAGCUGAGUUCCCCAGCUAUGCCCUGCUGGGGUUUUGGAAGAGCUUUAAAAUAUUACAGUUAA